CUGUUCUGCAGCUGCGGUGAGAUGUGGAGAGUCCCCAGGGAGCACCGGAGCAGGAGGAUGGCCCACAAGUGUCCCCAAAGGUGGUCCUAUGCUGCGUAAGACCUCGCUGUCUCCUCUCCACAGCCCCAUAGGACCCCCUUUCAGCACCGGCGCUAGGAAGCGGGAGCCUUGCCCAGCACUGGGGGUUCUGCCCCAGCCGUUCUGGCCAGAAGCCUUUCCUAUUCCGUCCUCCAGGCUGCUGUUUGUCAGUAGAGGUUUUCGCCUCUCUGCAUAAACUUCGUCCAGAUCUGUAGCCUGCCCACCCAGCCCUCCAGGCAGCCUCUUCCCAGAGAGUUGUGCCCCCGAGGAAGGACAGAGGCCCAGCAUGGGGGCAGUGGGCUGAAGCCAUACCUAAGGGAGCUGUGGCCCGGGGAGGCCAGCCCAGCUGACACCCAGCCCUCCCCCCAGCUCCCGGAUGAUGAGCUCCCACGUGGCAGGCCUGGGCCUGGACAAGAUGAAGUUGGGCAGUCCCCAGUCCCUUCUGGACCAGGAAGAGGCGGAUGACCAGCAGCUGCUGGAGCCGGAGGCAUGGAGGACCUACAUGGAGCGCCGAAAUGCCCUGCGUGAGUUCCUGACCUUGGACCUGAGCCCGCACCUGCUCAAGCGCCACCAUGCCCGCAUGCAGCUGCUGCGGAAGUGCUCCUACUACAUUGAGGUCCUGCCCAAGCACCUGGCCCUGGGCGACCAGAACCCGCUGGUGCUGCCCAGCGCCGUGUUCCAGCUCAUCGACCCCUGGAAGUUUCAGCGCAUGAAGAAGGUGGGCACGGCGCAGACCAAGAUCCAGCUCCUGCUGCUCAGGGACCUGCUGGAGCAGCUUGACCACAGUCGCGCUGAGCUGGACGCCCUGCUGGAGUCGCCCGACCCGCGGCCCUUCCUGGCCGACUGGGCGCUAGUGCAGCGGCGGCUGGCGGAGGUGUCGGCCGCCAUGGACAGCUUCCUGACCAUGAUGGUGCCAGGCCAGCUGCACAUCAAGCACCGCCUGGUGUCCGACGUUGGGGCCGCCAAGAUCCCGCACAUCCGGCUCAUGCUGAGCACCAAGAUGCCCGUCAUGUUUGACCGUAAGGAGUCGGCGGCCCACCAGGACUGGGCCCGGCUGCGCUGGUUCGUCACCGUCCAGCCGGCCACGCCGGAGCAGUACGAGCUGCGCUUCAGGCUGCUGGACCCGCGGACGCAGCAGGAGUGCGCCCAGUGCGGCGUCAUCCCCGUGGCGGCCUGCACGUUCGACGUCCAAAACCUGCUGCCCAACCGCUCCUACAAGUUCACCAUCCAGAGGGCUGAGAGCGCCACGCUGGUGUAUGAGCCGUGGAGGGACAGCCUGACCCUGCAGACCCAGCCGCGGCUGCUGGAGGGGCCCGGUCUCAGCCACACCAUCCGAGAGGUGGUUUUCUAAUAUUUAUCCACUAAUAAAGAGGAGUGUAAAUGCACAUACAGAAUUAAAGAAACAAACCUAUUUACGUUUGAA